AUGUUAUAGAGAAUUUAACCUCAAAUUGAAAAUAACUAGCCAAUCCAACAGAAUCCUGAAGAAAUGUUGAUAGGACAAGAAUAUACAAGCUUUGUCCUCCUUGAAAAUUCAACUUUUAAGACAGUAUUUAAAAUAGAAUAAACUAAGAUUUAUGAAUGCAUCCGAAUAUAAUCAGCAUAAAAAUACAUAGUUUAUCAAUUGACGUAUCAAUGAUAAUAACGUAGCCACUCUGCUUAAUCAAUUUCCCCUCAGAAUAUUCAAAAACUCAACUAGUGCAAACUUGUAAACCUCAUUCAUCCCGAGAAUAUCUAUUAUGAAGAAAACUGCAUUUAUAUGACUUAAUAGCAAUAUUUAAACAACUUUUAGUUAUAGAACUGUAGACAACAAUUAAAUAAAUAAUUACAAUUGUUCCUUAUAACACAACUUUGCAUAAGUUUAAUAAUAUUUUAUACCAUAUUUUUAUAGCAUUAUAAGAACUCGAGAAACGGAGCUUCCCCCAUUAUAUAUUGAGUCCUAAUAACAUUUACAUCAUUGAAGGUGUAUUGCACCUUAGUUUGAUGCAUUUCAAAUUUGAAGAAACAGGAUAGAAUACCUUUGAUUCAUUUUAGUAAUUCGGUAAAUCUUAAUUGUGUAUUCAAAGUCAAUUAGUAUUUUCACUCAGGUGAUUACUGUAAGGACAAUUUUGAAAACACAACUGAUUAUCUCUUAUCAAAAAUGUAGAUUGAUGAUUCAGAAAGCAAUUCUACCAGCUUUGUCAAAAAGUUACUUUAGAUUAAUUAUUUAAAAUCAGAAUAAGCUGGAUAUAAUUCCUUUAUAUAUUCAUCAUCAAGACCUUCCUUAUUUUAAAUUUACCCUCACAUUAAAGAUCAAAUCUUUAUUAAAGUUCUCAGGAUUUAUGAUGACAAUGAUGUGGAAGUUAAUAAAUAUCGAUAUACUUAAAAUAAAAGGGAAUUAAUUUUCAAUGAAAUACUUAAAGACAACGUCAAAUUUGCAACUUUUUGUGCUUAUAUUCGCAUCCAAAAGAUUCCCUACUUUUUUUUUUAGAAGUAUCCUUUAACUUUGCAACAAUUAUUUGAAGAAUCCUCAAGAACAACUAAUCAUCCUCUUUAAAAAUUGCAAUAUAAGUUUGCUAUGUAGCUGGCCUAGGCUUUAAAAGAAUUACACAAAUUGCAAAUUUUACACAGAGAUAUUAAACCUGAAAAUGUAUUCAUUACAAAUCUAGAUUACCACAAAGCCAAUCUUAAAGUAGCUGAUUUUGAUAGGUCUCGGAAAAUUGAUUAAUAGGAUUGUUAACAAGAAGUAACUUUAGAUGAUUAUACCGUCUUUUCUAGUACAUAUAACUAUAAUCCUCCUGAAGCUUUCAAAACCUAAUAUGGUUUUUCAAGUGAUAUUUGGCAAUUCGGAUUGACUUGUAAUGUUUUAUUCAAAUAUUUAGUAUUCCAAAUGGCAAACAAUGGAGUCUAUCCGCCAGUCAAGGAAUAACUCGUCUUUUUGGAUGAAGACUAUCGCAAAAUAAACCUAGAUUUUAUCAAAAAUGUAUUACAAGAUAAACAAAAUAUUAAUUAAGCUUACAUUAACUUAAUUUCAAGAUGUCUAGAAUAUGAGAGUAAUUAAAGGAUUACCUUGAAUAAAUUUAUCUAAGAUUUAAGUCAAAUCAGAAUUGAUAUGGUUGAUGAAGAUGAUAUUUUGGAACCUGAAAUUGAUGAUAACUCAGAAAUAAGUACAUGUAAUUUUGACUCUUCAAUUUGUUGGACGAAUUUUUCCUUGAAAAGUCCAAAUUGGAUUUUAAAUGAAUUAGCCCAAUCGGCUGGAGAUACAUCGAUAUUUUUCAAGGAUUAAUGA